GUUACUGGUUCUUCCUCUGGGUUCGGCAGGGCGAUGGUGGAAGAGGUCUUACAUAACGGUGAGAUUGCGGUCGCAACUCUGCGCAAGCCUUCCGUCCUCGAUGACCUCGUCGCCAAAUACCCGCACACCCAGCUCCUAGUACUUCCGAUGGACGUGACGAACGAAGCGCAGGUCAAAUCUGCCUUCGCGAAGGCCAAGGACGCCUUUGGGCACAUCGAUGUCGUGUAUAACAAUGCGGGGCAGGCGUUCUACCAAGAGCUGGAGGGGACACCGAUGGACCGUGCCAAGGUGUUAAUGGAUGUCAAUUUCUGGGGCGCGGUAACGGUAAGCUUCGAGGCGAUGAGAUUCUUUAGAGAAGUGAACCCGAAAGGCGCUGGGGGUAUGCUCGUGCAAGUAUUGAGCUCGGCAGCAACCACAGGGGCCCCAAUGAUCGGAUUCUAUAGCUCUACGAAAGCAGCCUUGGAUUCGUUCACCGAAGUCCUGGCACAGGAAGUCCUUCCCGCUUGGAAUAUUCGGUUUCUGAAUGUCCACCCAGGUUGGACGCGCACGCCC